AUGCGAUGCAUACUUAAUAUUUGGGGCGUCAUGCUCUUUCUUAGACUCUCAUGGGUAGUUGGUCAAGCAGGAAUCGCGGAAGGUGUUAUCAUUAUCUGCCUGGCGAACCUUGUAACAGUGGCUACUACCCUCUCGAUGUCUGCAGUAAGCACGAAUGGUAUAAUAGAAGGAGGUGGAAUAUACUACAUGAUAUCUCGAUCAUUGGGACCUGAGUUCGGUGGAGCGAUCGGGCUUAUGUUCACCCUAGCGAACUCCGUGGCAGUCUCAAUGUAUGUCGUUGGCUUCAGUGAAUCUUUGCAAGAUCUCCUGAGGACAUUUGGUGCUUCCAUAAUAGACAAUGGAACAAACGAUGUUCGUCUUGUCUCAGCUGUAGCACUGGUUGGAAUCCUGGUUUUAGCAUUUGUUGGAAUGGAUUGGGUAACGAGGACUCAAAUGUGUCUCCUUAUUGUUCUAAUAGCCUCUCAGCUAGAUUUUGUUAUUGGAAGUAUUGUUGGCCCCAAAACUCAAAUAGAAGAAGCGAAAGGUUUCGUUGGUUAUAAUUUAGGAGUUUUCAAAAAGAAUUUAAUGUCAGAUUAUCGCCUUUUUGAAGGAGUUGAACAUGAUUUCUUCUCAGUCUUUUCAGUUUUUUUCCCAGCAGUGACAGGAAUCGUUGCUGGAGCUAAUUUAUCAGGGGAUUUAAAGGAUCCAAGUGUGGCUAUUCCUAAAGGCACGCUUUUAGCUAUAAUAACUACAUUUCUAUCUUAUAUCUCAUAUGCACUUAUGAUGGGAGGAUGUGUACUGCGAGAUGCUUCAGGGAAUGUCACCUCUCUUCAAACUGAAGAAGGGAUUCCUCUUGAAGAAAGAUGGGAAAGGCUAACGGAAUGCAACUCUACUUGUAGAUAUGGCUUAGAAAAUGACAAUCAGGUAAUGGAGUUAGUUGCAUUAUGGGGACCGCUUAUUUAUGGAGGAUGUUUUGCGGCAACUCUUUCCUCAGCGAUUGCAAGUUUGGUCGGAGCUCCAAGAGUAUUGCAGGCCUUAGCAAAAGAUAAAUUAUACCCUUCCAUAGAAUUUUUUUCAAAAGGAUAUGGUGCAAAUAAUGAUCCAAUCAGGGGAUACCUUCUUGUUUUUGUGAUUGCAUUUGGAUGCAUUCUUAUUGGACAGUUGAACUACAUUGCACCGCUAUUAUCAAAUUUUUUUUUGGCUGCUUAUGCACUGAUCAACUUUUCAGUGUUUCAUGUAUCCAUUUCAAAGAGUCCUGGUUGGAGGCCAGCGUUUAAAUAUUAUAAUGCCUGGGUAAGCCUUGCUGGAACGCUGUUGUGCAUAGCAGUUAUGUUCCUUAUUUCAUGGUGGACUGCUCUUGCGACAUUUUUUGUAGUUGUUACCCUUUAUUUAUAUGUUUCAUACCGGAAACCAGAAGUAAACUGGGGAUCAAGUACGCAAGCUCAGGCUUACUAUUUCGCACUGAGAUCUGCGCUAGAAUUGAACAAAGUAGCUGAACACGUCAAGAACUACCGACCACAAGUUCUUGUUCUCUCCGGACAACCCGGUGCAAGACCAGCUCUGAUCGAUUUUGCCAAUUUAAUAACAAAAGGAAAGUCACUUCUUAUAUGUACACAGUUCUAUAAGGGAACACUUUCAAAACGAGUCCAUGAUGCACUGUGCGAUAAAGCCCAGCAUUGGUUCGAACAACAUAAGAUAAAGGCUUUUUUCCUCCUUGGUGAAAAUGCUGCAGAAGAGACAAAUGUUGCAAAGGCAUUAAUGAGGCUCUCUGGUCUUGGAAAAUUAAGGCCGAAUAUGAUAUUAAUGGGUUAUAAACGUGAUUGGGCCAGUUGCUCAAGGAAUGAAUUGGAUCAGUAUUUUGCGAUUCUGCACGUUGCUCUAGAUAGCUACAUGGCAGUGGGCAUUCUCCGGAUGACUGAAGGACUUGAUUAUUCUUCUAUGAUAGAUGGAGAGGAUCCUCCUUUGAGUCCAGUAUUGGAAAGAAAAUGUGAAAUUAAAAUUUCUCGGAAUAUAUCUGAGGGCCAGCUAUCUUUAGAUGAUGUGUGCAGUGAAAGCAGUUUAUCCUGUGAUUCGAUUAAGGGUGAAGAUUUAGCGACUACUAUUCCAAUCGAAAAUAGUUUGAGUGGAAAAGAUACCAGUGACAUAUAUUGUGGAGCGGAAGGUCAACCGCUUUCCACUCACCAUCUCGCAGCGAUAACCUACUUCAGAAGGAAGCAGCAAAAAGGAUUCAUUGAUGUUUGGUGGCUGUAUGAUGAUGGUGGCCUGACGCUACUGAUACCACAUAUAUUAAGCACAAGAUCUCAGUACUCUGAAUGCAAAUUACGCAUCUUCUCUUUGGCCAAUAGAAGAAAUGAACUAGACCGAGCACAUAGAAAUUUGGCAGCAUUACUUUCUAAAUUUCGUAUAGAUUAUAGUGAUCUCAAAAUCAUUCCAGAUAUAACAAAAAAAGCAAAACCUGAAACAGUUAAAGAAUUUGAAGGGAUGGUGAAAAAUUUUAGGGAAGGUUCUUCCGAACAAGGCAGCGAAAAUGGAUUGGGUAUCACCGAUGCAGAACUUUCGUUAUUAGCAGAGAAAACAAAUAGGCAUAUGAGGUUAAGAGAGCUGUUGUUUGAACAUUCAAAAGAUUCAACUUUUCUUGUAGUCACACUACCAAUGCCACGAAAAGGUACUGUCUCAGCACCUCUCUACAUGGCAUGGCUGGAGCUAAUAACCGCAGGGAUGCCUCCAUGCCUUAUUCUCAGAGGAAACCAACAAUCUGUUCUGACUUAUUAUUCAUAGCAAUACACUUUUCUUACAAUUUAUUUUAAAGACAGACUUAAUUUUUCCCAUUCCACAUUAUAUGAUAAAACAAAAAUAUGUUAUUUAUUUCCUUUAAUAAAAUGUCUUGAAAUGAAACUUAAUUAAUAGGAUGGUAUAUUUUUUAAAGUGGUAAAGGUAUAUUUUUUCUCAUCAUCCUCACUUGUACAAUCAAUCAUUUCAAGUAUAGCGAUGAAAGCUUGCUCCGCCAACAUAAGAUAAACCAAUAGCCAUUAAGGUAGUCCUUUCCUAGGUCAUGC